AUGAAGAACACCAAGCUUGUGGCGAUCCUUCUCCUCCAUGCCAUCCUGGUCAUGGGAAUCCUUGCACACGUGAAUGCCAACUACUUCCCCAAGUGUUGUGACAAAUGCAGGUCGUUCUCGGGGGUUGACAUAUGUGACGACGCCCAUCCUCAGUGCCCCAAGGGCUGCUCCACAUGCCGCGCGGUGCAGACGGGCCGUGUCAAGACGUUCCGAUGUGCCGACAUGCGCUCCACCAUCAACGGCACGUGCGGCCCACGCUGCAAGAAGAACUGA